AUGAGCACGGCAUUGACAAAGAUCAACCAGGAGUUCAUCCGAGUGUACCGAACCAAUGACGAGGGAGGUCUUAGCUCAGAUAAAGGCGACACUGACAACGAACCUCAUGAGAACGCAGAGGAACUGAUCGCGGAGGAUCUCGAGGAGAGUAUCCGUCAUGACGCCAUUCCUGUCCCUCCCAGGUCGUGCCUAUUCUCUCCUUCAACCUCUGCUGUAUUCUUUGUGGCAUUACAGAAAGUGCAGGAGCGACAGGUAGUUCUAGACGGUUAUGGGCUGAAGCCCGAGGAGUGGGAGGAUGCCUUCUAUCCUUUGUCUGAGACAAUUACGUUCGGUGUUGGUGGGAAAAAGAAGCUGAAAGUGAUUCUACCGGUGGAAAUAUGGUGGCCCAGAGCACUUGCUUGGGUGCAGGGACUGGAUUUGAUGGAGAGGAUACUUAUAGAUAGCGACAAUGAAUCAAACCUUUCAACCUAG